AAAUAUGUUAGACUCUACAAUCAUGUUAAAUCCUUUGAGCAUUCAGGUUGCUAGCCAAUGCUAUCCUGGAUUUUGUUGGGAUCAUGCACAGCAAUCCCUGGGAAAAUCAACUGAAGACAACAACGACGAGAAAAGCCAUCCCUCUCUGAAUAAAUAUUUAUCAGACCAAACUGGCAACCAGAAGACUGGUGAAGCAAUGAAAGAGUUGCUUGCCAAGUACUGUAUUUGAAUAGAAGGUCAUCAAGCAUCCAAUCCCCAAAACAAAGCGUCUGAAGCUCAAAAGGCAGAGAGCAACAAGGACUCUGAGAUAUUAGUCCAUGAAGAAGCUAAAAACUGUAAUAGCUCCAAGAACUCUGAAGCAAACAACCCUGAUGAACAUAAAAGGACUGACAAGCCUACUCUCCAAGAUGCUUCCAGACUUAGAUCGAAGACUAAAUCCAAGGCUCCGAAGCACGACUCUGAUUCAGAAGAGUUCACUCUAGGAAGGGCUCAGCUGAACUACAACACUCGUAAAGAUGUCGUAUUCAAGGCUGCUUUCAGAAGACUUCGCAAAUACUUCAUCAAGGAGUUUGCCAAAGACUCAACCUCUAGCCAAUUGAAGGAAGAUUAUCCACAAAGACUCAGAGAUUAUUGCAAGGCUAAGUUCCCUGAAGCCCGUCUUGACAGAGUCUGAGUAAUCUUUGACUGCAUCGUCAACGCUAAAGGCAGACUUGGGACGAUUCCACAAGAAGACACCCAACUCAAAGAUACUAUCAGCAAACUGCUGUACUUCUACUCUGAGAAGAAGUUCAGACUGAUGAAUGAACACCCCGAGUUCUUCCAUGUCCUACUAUAUUUCAUCAGUCUGGAGAACGCGGUCAGCUUAAUCUUCAAUGAGCAGAGGCAAGCAUUCCAACAGAAAGUCAAGGCUCAUCUAAAUAAACUGAAGGUGUUCGCAACCUGCAUGAAGACCCCAGAAGACCAAUAUUAAUAACUUAUUUACAUUUCACACAAAAUCGCUUUCGUCUUCUGGAAUUUUGGUUGGGAUUCAUGGGAAAUUUCAGAAGAAUCAUGGAGAUUUUGAACAAAUAAUUAUUAAAAGUGGCGGAGAAAUAGGGGAGAAAUUGUUAGGCUAAGCAUGGAUUUGGUCGUCAUAAGUUGGCAAGUUGACACCAUCUUGCACCUCUACUUGACUAUAACAACUCGUAGGCAAACUUGGCGUGUAUUCUCAUUAAACCUAAAGUUCAUCAGUUCACUCAACUUUAAUAAUAUUUUCAGAGGUCAAAAAUGAGGGCAUAUGAAAUCCUGAAUGUUUGCAAAAUUCUUUCAAAUCGGAAUACUUCGAGUCAUGCAAUUACGGAAAUAUGUAGAUCAUGAUAAACUCCAGGUUGUUGACCUACCAUCUUUCACAUAAUCGAUUAUUAUUUUUUAUAU